GUCGCCUGGCUGUGCUGCUGCUUGAGAACUGGAAACAUGCUGUCCUUCGUCCUGAGGCGAGUCACGCGGCCACUGUGCCAGCAAGCUCCAGUUCGUCUCAGUGUACGUGGUCAGCAGUCUCACGCCGCCACCCGGGCAGUGGAUGAAGAUCGUCCGUGGACGGGCCAGGAAAGCCUGGCUGAGGACGACCCCGAGAUGUGGAAUCUGCUGCUAAAGGAGAAGGACAGGCAGUGCCGCGGAUUGGAGCUCAUUGCGUCGGAGAAUUUCUGCAGUCGAGCAGCUCUGGAAGCUCAGGGCUCCUGUCUGAACAACAAAUAUUCCGAAGGCUACCCAGGGAGAAGAUACUAUGGUGGAGCAGAAGUGGUCGAUCAAAUUGAGUCGCUGUGUCAGAAACGAGCCUUGGAGUCCUUUGACCUGGACCCAGCUCUGUGGGGUGUCAACGUCCAGCCCUACUCUGGUUCCCCUGCUAACUUUGCUGUCUACACGGCCGUGCUCAAACCUCAUGACCGCAUCAUGGGCCUGGACCUGCCUGAUGGAGGACAUCUGACCCAUGGCUACAUGUCCGACGUAAAGAGGAUCUCUGCAACUUCAAUCUAUUUCGAGUCCAUGCCUUACAAGCUGAAUACUGCAACAGGACUCAUAGACUACGACCAGAUGGAGAUGACGGCCAAGCUGUUCAGGCCCAAGCUCAUCAUCGCUGGCACCAGCGCCUAUGCCCGCCUCAUUGACUACGCCCGCAUCAAGAAGCUGUGUUCUGACGUUAAGGCCUACAUGCUUGCUGAUAUGGCCCAUAUCAGUGGCCUGGUGGCUACCAAAGCCAUCCCUUCUCCCUUUGAACAUGCUGACCUGGUCACCACUACCACACACAAGUCCCUCCGAGGAGUCAGGGCUGGCCUCAUUUUCUAUCGUAAGGGAGUUCGCUCAGUGGACAAGAAGGGGAAGGAGAUCAUGUACGACCUUGAGGACAAGGUCAACUUCUCUGUGUUCCCCUCCCUGCAGGGUGGACCACAUAAUCACGCCAUCGCUGGUGUGGCUGUGACACUGAGACAGACACAGUCUCCCAUGUUCAAGGAGUACAUCUCCCAGGUACUAAUGAACGCCAAGUCUAUGGCUGCAGCUCUUCUCGGCAAAGGCUACACCCUGGUGUCAGACGGGACCGACAACCACCUGGUCCUGGUUGAUCUGCGGCCGAAAGGCAUCGACGGGGCUCGGGCCGAGAGGGUGCUGGAGCUGGUGUCAAUCACCGCCAAUAAGAACACCUGCCCCGGGGACAAGAGCGCCAUGACUCCUGGAGGCCUCCGGCUCGGUACUCCAGCUCUGACAUCCAGACAGUUCAAAGAAGCCGACUUUGUGCAAGUUGUCGAGCUCAUGGACGAAGGCUUCGAGAUUGCCUUGGACGUCAAGAAAAAGACCGGAAAGCUCCAAGACUUCAAAAACUUCCUCCUUCAGGACCCAGAGACCAUUGCUCGCAUCGCCAACCUGCGGCAUCGCGUUGAAGCGUUUGCCAGGCCCUUCCCCAUGCCGGGCUUCCACGACCAUUAAACCAAACAAUAUAGAGUCUGUGCGGCCAGAACAGCCAGGUGGCGCCGAGCUGGCUGAGUGUGAUGGACACGACAGUGAUGCUCGCUUGCUGCCUGUGAAGCACGCUUUUUUCAAUCAGAUCUGGAGAAACAACAUUUUCUUUUUUUAUAUACUUUUUGCAAUCCACCAAUCCGUUAAUGUAAAAACUCGUCCUCCAGUUUGAGGUUAAGAACCUAUAAAGUCACUGUUUUUGUAGAACCAGAGAACAUAUUUUCUAUUGUAUGUGUAAAGAUCCAUCUCAGUCGUCGUCACGCACUUUCUCGAGUGGGUAUGAGGAAGAAGAAAAACAUGUCGAAUCAAACGACAACCAACAGCUCUUGCUGUCACAGACUCUGUGACUGGAUUGGUGUAUAAUUAGUUUUUUAUAAUGAGAUCCACUGAGAGGUCUUAAUGCUGUAAAGAGUCUUAAUUAAUGUCACUAAUGUUUUAAUUAUAUUCACAAGGAGAUGUGUGCAUGAUGGCUUUCUGUUUAUCAAACAGUUACACAAGGAGACGUUAUGAGGUGGAGCGGUGGUCCACCGCACAACGUUGGCUCUUAGGAUUAUGUGGGGCACAUUUUUCAGAUCAGAAAUGAACCCUAAAUGUUGUCAAACAUUAUUUAACUUAAAGUUGUGUAUCUUGUCCCUAAAAGUUCGAUUACACAGGAGGUGGACGAAAUCAUUGCAAUAUCGAACAUUCUAAAAACCCAAUAAAGCAUCACUACAAAAUGUAUUUAUAUGUUUACAGUUUUUUAAAAGUUUUUUUUGUUUUUGUUUAACCCAAAUCAAAUAUAUAUGCUUAUUUUUUAUUAUUGACGCUGUUGCUAUUGCAAUGUCUUAUUUGUUCCAUCAGACCAACAGUGAUGGAUUUAAAUAGCUAAAUAUGUUAUGAUGGAUGAUUAACCAAAUUGACAAAUAACAGAAUGUCAUCGUGGAUUAUUUUAUACUUUAAGUGCGUUUACAAAGUAUCUAUAGUUUUCUAUGUAUUAUUUAAUAAGAACUAACCCUGUAACAGCCAACUUUUUUGCAUACAUGUUGAGGUUUCCAACACCAGCUGGUUUGUUGCACUAGAAGAGUAUUUAUAGAGCAGUCUGUCUGACGUCUCACAAUGAUGGAAAUUGUGAAGCAGCUUGAUUUUAAAAAAAUUAUAUAUAUAAAAACACCUCGUCUUGGCUCCCAGAAGGGACGUGUUGUCAUUAUCGCUGCAUCAGUGAGGACGCGACCGCUGUUAGGGAACGAUCGAGAAAAGAGCGUUAGAAUCGGUGUUUUACUCUCUUACUUUGCACAAAACACUUCUAAAAGUGAACCAAAUCCUCAAUUAUCCACAUCACAUGUUUCUGACAGCAUCAAUAUACCAAUAAGUAUUUUACCACUUUGCUCAAAUCUUUUUGUCUUUUAUAAGCUCUUAAUAUGCUGCGAGCCUUUUUUUCCUGUCCAUCAACAGUGUUUGAUCUAACUUUCUUUUACAGAACAUUUUAUGAAUUUUGAAUUGGUAUACGCCGACUCCUAAUAAAAUUCAAUGAUGCAUCCAUA